AUGGAGGUUGGACAGCGGCUGUCAAGCUCAUGCAAGGUCACGUUAGGCGUAAUCAUCGGGGAGCUUGACGUGCCAUUAGACGUCAGGGAGGCUAAUCCUGCUGUAUCUCGACCGUCGCUGCCGCCGGGGUUCCGGUUCCAACCGACGGAUCAGGAGAUCAUCGUCUGCUACCUCAAGAGGAAGGUCGCCUCCGCUGCCUCCGCCGUCACCUCCAUCAUCGCCGACGUCGACAUCUACAAGUUCGAUCCGUGGGAACUCCCAGACAAGGCGCAGUUCGGCGAGGGGGAGUGGUUCUUCUUCAGCCCGAGGGACCGCAAGUACCCCAACGGCGCGCGGCCCAACCGCACAGCGGGUUCGGGAUACUGGAAGGCCACCGGCACCGACAAGCCCAUCCUGGCCGCCGGCGGCGCGCGCUGCCUCGGGGUCAAGAAGGCGCUCGUCUUCUACCAGGGCCGCUCCCCGCGCGGCACCAAGACUGAGUGGGUCAUGCACGAGUACCGACUCCUCCACGCAGACGCCGGCGCCGCCCGCCACAAGCCACACGACUCCAUGAGGCUGGACGACUGGGUCCUGUGCCGCGUCCGCAAGAAGGGCGUCGCCGUCGCGCCGGACAUGGACGGCAACUCCGGAGCGCCGAGCCACACCCGAGCGGAGGUUCAUGCGCCCGACAGCACCACUGCACACGGCCCCUUCGGACACGACUGGACGGACGGCCAGCUCCUGCAGUACCUGAUGGGCGGCGGAUCCGGACCUGUCGACGGUGCCGGCACCAUCAUUGGGGGCGGGGCGGCGGGCCACGUCCAUGACGGAGGGCGCCGCGAGAGUGCGCCGGAGGUACAGCUGGCGUCGGUGCUGGAGAACAUCAAGAGGGACCUCUCCUUCCAUGCCAUGGACGACGUCUACUUCCUUCAGCCGAGCAAGCGGGCCAACUGCGUGGGAGGAGGCGCGGGCGUCAACACCGACAACGACCAGCUGUCGCCGCCGACGUCCCUUUCCAUGUUCGAGGACGAUUAGUUAGCUGUUACCUUGCAAACAAAGACUACUUAAUCGGUUAAUCCACAGUCGACAAUGUGCGAUCGACUACUUAGGUAGCCAUGAUUGGGAGUGUUUGCACUCUUGCGGACAUAAACUGUGUGAUCGAUUUUAUUUCCUGCACACUUGCAGAACAAAUUAAUUUCUCAAUCAGUG